AUGUCCGACAAACCUGCCGAUGACCCAACCCGCUGGUAUCCCCUCGGUCAGUACCUCGAGGACGAGGAUAACUAUAGCGCAACCGACGACGAUGACGGCACCAAGACCUUUACCCUGGCUCGCAGCGACAUGGCGGCGCUGAACCGAUUCACCCAGACAGGCCGGAAGCUUCCUCUAACGCGCCCUGACUACCAGGUUCAGAUGGGUCUCACCAAUGAGUCUGAACUCACCGCAGACGUCUGGACUGCAGUGGACAGUCUGCUCGCGAGCUUUAAAACCAUCAACAGUGACUGCAACGAUUUCUUGCGCGAAGAAAGCGGCAACAAGGGCACCUGGGCCAAGACAGUUGAUGUUGCGGGCCAAAUUUGGGCGUAUUGCGACAACGCCGGCGGUGACGCGGGUGAUUCGUUCUACGAGGCGAUGCUGGCGGCCGUCAAUACCUACAAUGAGGCGACGAGCGACGAAGAAAAGAAUAGCCAGAAGGAGUUGGUCAAAGAGUACACGAGCAUGCAGAUGAAAGAUUGCACCAAACUCGCAGAUGCCGCCGGGACGGUCGAGACCGAGCUCGGUGCGUUCCAGACGCGGUGCUCGAAAUACAGCACAGACCUGAGCGGUCAUGAGAGAAUGCUGGAAAAUAUAUUGACGAAGGAAUAUGGAGAUAUCGAGAGUCUGAAGGCGGACAUCGAAAAGCAGGCGGCGAUCAUCAAGUCAAAGCAGGGCAAGAUUGAUGCAGGAGGUGUAUUACGAGUGGAUGAAAGCCCUUUCGUCGGUGCCAUCGCCGCUGCCAUCGUAACUGCGGUAAUGGAAGGGGAGAUUGCCGAUUUAAUGGACGCGAUCCAGAAGUUGCAGGAUAUCAUCAACUCGGACGAGGAAAAGAUUCGAAUUGUAGGGUCGGUGCAAGGACAUGUCACCAACAUGAAGACCGAAGUCCAUGACCUCAGUGACGUUCUUACACCUGCAAUCACGACGCUCGGGAAGUUGAAAGGAGCAUGGAAAACCAUGGGGACCAUGCUCCAGGCACUGAACGACGCCUUCAACAAGGAAAAUGAUGAGAUCGACUAUCCCAGCAUAGCAAAGAACGAACUGGAUAAGAUCCGGCGGAAGUGGAAUGACCUCCGAGAGUAUACACGGCAAUACCAGGAGGUCGCAUACCUGACCGACGCGCCCAAGGAGACCGAUCUCCAGAGUUAUUACGAUGAGUUGAAAGCGAACUCGAAAAAAUAA